GUCAAUGAAAACGGUACGCUGCUGCCCCCUAAUGGACGAAACAAGGAAAGCUGACAGACACGACGCCCGAAGCACAACGUCGUUUCCAACCAGCCCGGAUAAUAUAGCGCAGGCACACAGCCGCUGAUCACUGCAGGUAUGCACGUUGAAGAAAUACAUUGACCAGAAUCCACCGGGACACUCUAAGGAGUCAUGAAUUACGCUCGCUUUCUGACAGCAGUCAGUGGAGCCAGGAAACCCUCCCCGAUCAGGCUGCUGACUGAGCUGCAGCAGCGGUCGCCUCCAUCCCUCAUCUCUCUGGCCGGUGGCGCGCCAAACCCCAACACCUUCCCCUUCCAAUCGGCGUCCAUCCAGGUCAAAAACGGCCCGACGGUCACCUUUGACGAGACCGCGAUGAAGAGGGCCCUGCAGUACUCCGCCUCUAACGGAAUCCCCGAGUUGCUGACAUGGAUGAAGAACCUGCAGAAGGACCUACACAACCCGCCAACCAUCGACUACAGCCAGGAGAACGGGCAGAUGGACAUGUGUGUCACCACAGGAAGCCAGGAGGGACUCUGCAAGACAUUUGAGAUGCUGGUUAACCCCGGAGACAACGUUCUCCUGGAUGCACCCACAUAUUCUGGCACGCUUGCAGCGCUCCAUCCUCUUGGCUGUAACAUCAUCAACGUUCCCAGCGAUCAACACGGCAUGAUCCCGGAAGCCCUGAAGGAGGUCCUGUCUCGCUGGGACCCAUCAGAGGUGCACGAGCCCGGCAGCGCGGCUCCCAGAAUCCUCUACACCAUCCCAAACGGAGGGAACCCCACCGGCGCCUCCAUGACAGCGGAGAGGAAGAGGGACGUCUACAAGCUGGCUCAGCUCUAUGACAUGCUCAUCAUCGAGGACGACCCAUACUACUUCCUUCAGUUUGAAAAGCCGUGGGCUCCCACCUUUCUGUCCAUGGAUGUGGACGGGAGGAUCAUCCGGACCGACUCCUUCUCUAAGAUCCUGUCAUCAGGCCUGAGGAUCGGUUUCGUCACGGGUCCCAAACCGCUGGUCGACCGGAUCGUGCUGCACAUCCAGGCCUCCACCAUGCACACCAGCACCUUCACACAACUCAUGGUGUCUCAGUUGCUGCACAGCUGGGGACAAGAUGGCUUCCUCCAGCACAUAGACAGGGUGAUUGAGUUCUACAGGACGCAGCGCGAUGCUAUGAUAAACUCCGCUGACAAGUGGCUCAAAGACGCGGCCGAGUGGCACGCCCCGUCAGCAGGCAUGUUCCUGUGGAUGAAGCUGAGGGGCGUCGCUGACACCCAGCAGCUCAUUAUGGAGAAAGCGUUGGAGAAAGAGGUGCUGCUGGUUCCCGGAGGCGUGUUUAUGAUCAACAGCAGCGACCCGUGUCCCUACGUCAGAGCGGCCUUUUCCCUCUCCACACCAGAGCAGAUUGAUGAGGCUUUCAGAAGACUCUCUCUGCUCAUCAAAGAGGGUUUGUGACCAGAGCUUCCAUCUUUCGGGGCAGAUGUUGGAUUUUUUUUAUUGUUCGGUGCAAUUGUGAAAGUAAUAAUUACCUCACGUUGGAUUUUAGCCAAAGUUAAAUUUAAAAAAAUCCUCACUAGCAAGAAAGGCAGGGAAUAAGCUUUAUACAGGUAAUUAUCAACGUCUUUAAUAUCUGCAGAUUUUCUUUCUCUCUUCUUUGGUUCAUUUGGGGUUUUUUUUGUCAGAGACAAACAGAACUGCAAAGUUUUUAGUGAGAAGUAGAAUAAUAUAUCCAUCACAUGUUCACAUGAGCUGAGCAUGUGGCGUGUUGGGUCAUCGUGUGGAAGCAGGUGAAUGUAACCGACAUGAACAGUAGAAACUCAUUAAACCCAUCCUACUACAACUAGUCCUGUUGGACGAACAUCUUAAGAGAAAGCUGCUAUAUAA